AUGGAUUCAGAUUCGCUGGGCAGUGAAGCUGUGCCAGACGAGAAGACAGCGAUUCCAAAAAUCGAGCCCUGUGCUGCGGGUGGCCCUGCACCUUUGCAGCAAGAGCCCAUCGACCAAGAAGGCCUGGAGGAUGAUGAAAUUCAGACACGAAUUGAUCUCCUCAAGGACUUGCUAGUGCGCCUUAAGGUCACCAGGCCGGAGGUGGUAAGAGUGACCCAGGCACGACAUGCACUUUGGCGCUUUGGACGUGCUUUGCGUGAAGGGCACAAUGGACCCGACCGUUACCAUCAAGGUGAAGUGAGGCGACAGAUUGCCCAGUUCUGGUCACACUCCUGGCGUGGCAAUAAUACUGUGUCCAAGAUUCUGCUGCUUCUUGUGGUGUACAACGGCUUGCCAGCCGUUCUGGUUGGCUCGGCGGCUUUUGUGUCCGUGCGGAUGUGCCUGCAGCCGGAGUUUGAGCUGCGGCCUAUUGUGCCCAACUCUGCAGCUUGGAGUAUGCUGGCGGGCGUUGUUCUCUCAAGCCUCACGUUGCUGACAUGGCCAUCUCGCAGACGAGUUUUUCUGGAUAGAAUCUGCAUCCACCAGAAAGACGAGAGGCUGAAGGCCGAAGGCAUGCUCAACUUAGCAGCACUGUUGAAGUAUUCGCAGAGCAUGCUGGUGUGUUGGGAUCCAAGCUAUAUGCAGCGCAUGUGGUGUACGGUAGAGUUAGCCGCGUACCUGAAAUGUCAUCCAGAGGGUCCACUGAUCAUAAGGCCUAUCGGCUGGGGACCAUGCACCAUUGCUGGGUUCCUGACUGUGGCCAUAAUGCUGGCGGUAGCAGUCAUUCUGCUCGAGCACUUUGAGUCUGAAGCCGUAGAGGAGGUGGUUGCAUUUGUCUUCGCUGCCUCUGUGAUGGUUUUCAUGUAUUUCACGACUGCUGUGGCUCGAGCCCACUUUCGGGCUGCAAGUACUGUUCAGGAUCAGCUGCGGACUUUCUCGUUCCACAAUGACACACGCUGCUACUGUUGCAGCGUGAACCACGUGAACCCCAAAACGGGACAGAGGAUGUUUUGCGACCGCCAGGCUAUUAGUGGAUGCCUAGAACACUGGUUUGGCUCCGACACGGCUUUUGAUGCUGUUGUCCAGCAAGACGUUUCUGCAGCGUUCCAGCGCGGUGUGAUGAGCUGUUUGCUGCCAUAUGCUUGGCUCACAGGAGCUACGAUUCCGAUUGCGUGGUUAGGCGUUGAUCGUGGACUUCGGAAUCUGUGGUACAACCGCGACUCAUGGCUGGCUUUCUCUAACUUUACCUACUUAUUGAGCAUGUGGCUGGGAACCAUCCCUGUGCUCGUCGCGCUAUGGCUGCGGAUCCCGCGUCGUUUUCAGCAGCGCCGAUCUACAAGAUGCCGGGAGGUGAUGCUAAACAUGGCCUGCUCUGUCUUAAUCGGCAUCAUGUUUUUGGUCGUCUAUUUGACUCAUUUGGCCAUUGUGGUGUCUAUACCAACCUAUGGGAUCGUCACAUGCUCAACCAUUUCCCUACUUGCCGCAGCCAUUUGCUUGGGCGAGUGGGGAAGAUUCUUUCGUCGCAAAUCUCCUGCUUAG